CCAAGCCCUGCUCGGUUCAAGAACAAGAUGGCAGCCGACAAUGAUGAGGGGACGGGAAAGCACCGCAAAGAGCUCAGACACAGAGUCCAGAGCUUCAUACGUAGACCUGGUGAUUCCUCAGAUGACGCUGAAGAAUAUGAGACUUUUAUUCCUGAAGAUGAGGAAGAAGAGUUCAUAGACGAAGAAACUGCGGAGUUAGCAGAGGAGGUCAUGCUGUACACAAGCAUGGAAAGAGAGCUUCUCUGUGAGACUAUAUUGGGCUACUUAUGGUGGUCCCUUAUUUUUGCGUUACCUCCAAUGAUCUGGUUCUACCCUCUGAAUGAACUGGAAAUAUCUGGUUAUGAAGCAUUUGUCAUAACCAUCAUGACUCCAGUAUUUACUGGAAUUGGUGCUGUACUAGAUUUCUGCCGAAGCUUGCAUGGUCUUGCCAUCUUACGCACUCUGUCGCUUGUGGGAGUGGCUUCCUUCCAAGCCCCAACUACCCUCACGAGGCUGGUAUUGUUGGCAUUUGGAUGUGGUGCAGCAAUGCUGUGGUUUUGUGGAAUUGUGUGGAGCAAAAAACCUAGUGAAAGGUCCCUUUCCUUCUGGGGUUUGAUCCUAGGAUUUUUCUUGAUGCUUGCGGCCAGAGCUCUGUACAUCUCUGUCAACCCUGUUUGGUCGGACAACUCAUCCAACAAGCUUUGUCUUAUUCUUGGUAUUGUUGCCACACUAGACAGGGUUUAUACAGGGUAUGCAAAGGCUGCCACAACGGAAUCGACUCCGCCAUCAAGCAGCAAGGAUGCCAGGGUUUCAGGGUCUGGCUGGGUGCUCGUGUCUCUUGGCUUUGGAGCUCUGAUGUUUAUUUCCCACUCUGUGUUCAGUGAAGUAUCAAUUGUUAGUCGUUGGGGAGUAAGUGGUUACCCCAACGUUGGAGCAUCUCCCAAUCCUUGGGGAGCUGGCGUUCCUCUAGCUCUAGCCCUGGGUGUCACCCUAUCAACAUCUUCAUGGACGUCAUCCGGGGCAUGGUCAUUAGUGGGCGUCUCUGGAGCUGCAGCUCUCUACAAAGCGCCUGGGUUUGGUUCCUACGCUGGAGGCCUGGUGCUUGCUGUGUAUGUCAUGUCAAUCUGGCCGGCAAUGAUUGACAGGUUAUUUUAUCGACCAUCGGCACGCACGCUGGCUUUGGCUAACCUCACAUAUGUCAUCCUCACACUUGGCUCUGUGUGGGUAGUGGCUUAUAACUUUGUGCCUGGUGGAGAGUACACACGUGAGCGAACAGAUGUGUUGCUGGGUGUUGCCAUGGCAUUUGUCGGUCUUGCUAUGAUGACCAGGUGUAAACCAGAUGAAAAUGAGCUCUACAGCAAAUCCAAAAAGGAGGACUUGCCCUGCAAUGAAGAGAAACCGAGCUGCUCUGAAGUAUCCAAAGGAAGGAGAUUCAAUAAUGUUGCCUUCCCGAUAGUUAAGGCUAAUAAGUUUGCUUUCUAUAGCAGCCAUGUUAAGCCAGCAAUGUUCUUCCUAGUGCUAGUCACAGCAGGAAUAAUGGCUUUCAGGUAUCAAAACUUAAACAAGAAACCACCAGUUAAGGAGGACCCGAGAGUAUUUUCUGCCAUGAUCUGGACAGUGCACUUUGGUUAUGACAACAAGGGCUGGCCCAGCUUUGAACGUGCUGCUCAGAUGAUCAACGAUACAGGUGUAGAUGUCGUGGGCUUUCUUGAGAGUGACUGCUCGAAGUCUUACCUUGGAAGCCAUGAUCUUCCUGGUUGGUUUGAGGAAAGGCUUGGCAUGCACGCAGACUUUGGGCCUUCCACUAGGGACCAUACAUGGGGGGCUACCCUGUUAUCCAAGUAUCCCAUUGUGUCAUCACAACACCACUUGUUACCCUCCCCAGAAGGCGAGCUUGCACCUGCCGUAAGUGCUACUAUCAACAUCACCGGGUCAUUGGUGGACUUUGUCGUGGUUCAUAUGGGUAAUGAUCGGGAUGAUCUUGACAGACAGCUCCAGGCGCAAGAACUGGCGAGAAUCAUGGAUGAAAGUCCUAAUCCCGUCGUCUUCCUCGGUUACGUGACGUCAGCACCAGGAAGCCGAGACUAUAACGUACUGCUAAAGAAAGGGCGUGUCAAGGAUAUCGACUCCACAGACCGUCACCGCUGGUGUGAGUACAUCAUGUAUCGUGGACUCACAAGGCUUGGUUACGCGCGUAUCUCACAUGGUGGGCUGAGCGAUACAGAGGUGCAGAUGGCUCGCUUCCGUCUACCCGCGGACGGAGAGAGAUACAAAGAUAACGACAAAAUGACGACUUCACCGAGGGCAGUUCCCAGGAAUUUGCACUUUACCGAUAGGUUUGGUUCUUAUUAUGCUGGUCAUUACUAUGGCGAGCACCAUUAUCACAUGUCCACACCAAAGUACUUCCUGCCAGAGUGAGAUUCCUGGAUAUUCACUAAAUUUAACUUCCUGGCCAGUCGGUCCAGACUGAGUGCUUUACUGGAAGCCUUUUGGCAGAACCAGACAUUAUGCAAGAGAAGAUGAAGAAUAAGCUAUCUGUGCAUAUGUGAUACGCCAUGCCUUCCUUGGACAGCGCUUGGCAUGGUUUAUGAUGCCAUCAUACAAAAAAGACCAGAAACGGUUGUCGAUAUGUUAUGUGUGUUGGCCCCAUCUUCAACCAUCCGCAGAAACCAAGGGCGGAGAACAUGGGGAAGAGCGUCUAGGAAAUGAGUUAUAACUUAAUGUGCCCGAGUGCCUCAAUCACCUGAAAUAGCGUGCAGGGGAUCGGGUUGGUUUCCUCGUGAUUUGGGGUAAAACAUAUUUUUAUGUUGCCCCGAUUUAAUAUAUUGCAAGGAUUUUUCCAUAUGAAAUAUAAUGUCUCAUGCCAACGGAAAGAUAAAUCCCUUUGUUUAUUGUGAA